AUGGAGUACUUAGAACGUGUAAUUAAGGAAACCAUGCGACUUCAUACAACUGUACCCCUAAUUGCCAGAAAAGUAGAAAACGAAAUGAUGAUUGGGAAAUAUGUUGUCCCGACAGACGCAAUUAUUCUGAUUUGUAUUCAUUGUUUGCAUUCAAAUCCCAAGUACUAUAAGGAUCCAGAACAAUUUAAUCCUGACGUGUGUCGCAGUCGUCAUCCUUUUGCGUACAUUCCUUUUAGUGGUGGCUCAAGGAACUGUGUUGGAAUGAAAUACACAAUGCUUCAAAUGAAGACUACGAUAUCUACUCUUAAGAAAAAAGUCGAACUUAAUGAAAAAGCAAUAACUAUGAUUAACGGGUGUCGUGACGAAGAUUGUAAUUAUCAAAAGCCUAAAUCUCUAAUUGAAAUUCUGUUAGCAAACGAACAUCAAAUAUCACAUAAAGAAAUGGAGGACGAACUUAUAACCAUUAUAAGUGCGGGACAUGAAACAACUGCAAAAGCAAAUUCAUUAAUUAUAUUUAUGCUGGCUCAUCAUCAAGAUGUUCAACAAAAUGAAUAUCAAGAAAUAAAUUCAAUAUUUUUGAAUGGUGAUUUAAGCCGACCGCCUACAUACGAGGAUUUACAAAAAAUGGAAUACUUAGAACGCGUGAUCAAAGAAACCAUGCGACUUUAUUCAGCUGUUCCUAUAGUGCUCAGACAAGUAAAAAACGAAAUGAUGAUUGGAAAAUAUCUAAUCCCGGCCGACACAAUUAUUGCGAUUCCGAUUUAUUGUUUGCAUUCAAAUCCACAAAGCUAUAAGGAUCCAGAAAAAUUUAAUCCUGACAAUUUUUUACCUGACGUUUGUCGCAGUCGUCAUCCUUAUGCGUACAUUCCUUUUAGUGGUGGCACAAGAAACUGUAUUGGAAUGAAAUACGCAAUGCUCCAAAUGAAGACUGCGAUAUCUACACUUGUAAGGUUCUACCGUUUUUCGCCAUCAAAGAAAUGCCCUACUCCGCAAAAUCUUAAACUAUCGUGUACCAUAUCACUGGAAUUUAUUAACGGAUGUUACGUUAAAAUAGAAUCAAGAACGUAA